UGUUGAUGCUUUUCUUUAGGUAUUCUUAAACAAGUUAAAGAUUACAUUAAAGAAUGUAGUAAAUGCCAGGAAAAGCUAGAUCGUUCUAGAUCUCUGUCAGAUCCUUCUGAAAUGCUAGAGGAACUAGGACUGGACACAAGAUCUCACGAAGAUAGUAAUGAAACAGAUGAUGAAUUAAGUAACACUGCAUCUGUCCCAGCUGCAUCACCGAAAUCUGUGAAAAAGAAGCCAAUAGCAAAACAUGAGCUUGUAUUUGUUGAUAGUAAAGGCCUUGUGAAGCAGUCUUCUUCAAAACAUUCUCUGUCAGUUUUAAACCAACUGAACCAGCAGAGACUUUCCAAUCAGUUUUGUGAUGUUACUCUGUUGAUUGAAGGAGAAGAGUACAAAGCACACAAAUCUGUCUUGGCAGCUAACAGUGAGUACUUCCGGGAGCUUUUCAUCGAAAAGGGAGCUGUCUCCAGUCAUGAAGCGGUAGUGGAUCUUUCAGGUUUUUGCAAGACAAGUUUCCUCCCUUUACUGGAAUUUGCUUAUACCUCAGUGUUAACUUUUGACUUCUGUAGCAUGGCAGAAGUUGCCAUGCUAGCCAGGCAUCUCUUCAUGUCAGAGGUUUUGGAAAUCUGUGAAAAUGUGCACAAACAGAUGGAAGACAAACAAAUUACAGUCUACCAAAAGGGAGAUAUUCACACUGUAGAGUCAACACAAAGUUUGCCAGAGCAGAAUGCAGUUGAGACGCAGCCUGUGGAUAGUGUUGAACAGCCUCUGCCUACAGAAGUGGUAAACAGUGAAGUAGUGGCAACUGUGAAUGGAGCAUCUCCCAGCACUGGACAAGAGGAGACAACAGCACCACAGUCUGACUCUCAGACUUCAGAGGCUAUAACAGAGCCUACAGUACAGUCUGUUUAUACUGAAACAAGUGGAAAUGAAAUAAAAAUAGAAAUGGUACAGAGCAUUGCAAAUAACAUUGUUUCUGUCAUGCAGUCUGAGCCUCCAGUGACAGAGGACAUGGAAACAUGCUCUCCAACAGAAGACACUGAGGCUGAUCAAAAUGAGAGCAGCACAGAAAAUGUAGAAAUCACUUCAGAAGAGUCUUUAGAAGCACUCAAGCAAAAAUGUAGCAGGCCAUGUAAGGCAGACAGCACUCUGGUAUCACCAUCUGAGAGCAUCGUGAGCAGCCAAGAUGAUACUUAUAAAAGCAAACUUCGUCAACGUUCUGUUAGUGAGGGUGGAUAUAUCAGAUUGCACAGAGGAAUAGAGAAAAAGCUACAGAACAGGAAGACAAACCCAAAAUCAGCAAUACAGCAGGUUGCCAUGAAAUUAGUGCAAAGAGGGAAGAAGAUGAAGCAACCGAAAAGAGAUACUGCAGAGAAUGAGGCAGAAGCUCAGAUCAAAUGCAAUGAAUGUGGGAUGGUUUUUCAGAGGCGUUAUUCGCUUAUAAUGCAUACACUGAAACAUGAAAGAGCUAAAGAUUACAAAUGCCCACUAUGUAAAAAAGAGUUCCAGUAUGGUGCCUCGCUACGUGCCCACCUUGUUCGACAUACUCGAAAAAAUGAAGUGAGUUCUGCAACUGCUAGUAUAGAAGAGACGGGAGCAUCAGCAGUGAAAGGCAGAACUAAGCGGGAGUUUAUAUGUGAUAUAUGUGGAAGAACUCUACCCAAGCUGUACGCUCUCAGAAUACACAUGCUCAAACAUACAGGUGUAAAGCCUCAUGCAUGCAAGGUCUGUGGAAAGGCAUUUACUUACAAACAUGGAUUAAAAAUGCAUCUGGCUCUCCAUGAAACGCAGAAGCAGUUCAAAUGUGACUUAUGUGAAAAGUCUUUUGUCACAAAACGGAGUCUUCAGGAACAUAUGAGCAUUCACACAGGAGAAUCCAAGUAUCUUUGCUCCAUUUGUGGGAAGUCUUUUCACAGAGCCUCAGGACUUAGUAAGCACAUAAAGAAACACCAGCCAAAACCUGAAAUUCGUGGAUAUCAGUGUACUCAGUGUGAAAAAAGUUUCUAUGAAGCUCGGGAUCUCCGGCAGCAUAUGAACAAGCAUCUUGGUGUGAAGCCGUUCCAAUGUGAGUUCUGUGGGAAGUGUUACAGUUGGAAGAAAGAUUGGUAUUCUCAUGUGAAGUCCCAUUCUGUCACAGAUCCUUAUAGAUGUAAUGUGUGUGGCAAAGAAUUCUAUGAGAAAGCUUUGUAUAGAAGACAUGUAAAGAAAGCCACUCAUGGGAAGAAAGGGAGAGCAAAGCAAAAUCUGGAACGUGUGUGUGAGCACUGUGGGAGGAAAUUCACUCAGCUGCGAGAAUAUAGACGACACAUGAACAAUCACGAGGGUGUUAAGCCUUUUGAAUGUCUAACUUGUGGAGUAGCCUGGGCUGAUGCACGUUCCUUGAAGCGUCAUGUGAGGACACAUACUGGAGAACGACCAUAUGUCUGUCCAGUAUGCAAUGAAGCUUACAUAGAUGCCCGGACACUACGGAAGCAUAUGACCAAGUUCCACAGGGAUUAUGUACCUUGCAAAAUUAUGCUUGAAAAGGACACACUUCAGUUUCAUAACCAGGGGACACAGGUGGAACAUGCCAUCAGUAUUUUAACAGCAGACAUGCAAGAACAAGAAACUGAGAUUAGCAUUGGCAGUGAAGAGAUUGAGACUGUGGUAGUGACUGGAGAAACAAUUGAAGCUCUUGCAGCUACUGAGGAAUGUACAUCAGUAUCCACUCUUUCUGACCAAAGCAUCAUGCAGGUGGUGAAUUACGUAUUGGCACAACAGCAAGGACAGAAAAUAGCUGAAGUUACACAAGCUAUUGAAACUGUAAAAGUAGAAGUGGCCCAUAUUUCAGAAACUGAGUGAAUAUCCUGACAGAGCAAGAAGGGUGCAGUGUUAAGUACAAGUCAAGCUAAGUACUAACUGUGAGUAUUUGAGGCUUACAGUAAUACUGACUUUGAGAUACUGAAUCUCUUAUACAUUGAGUUUCUUGGUUGCAGAAUAUCGCACAAUGCACUGAGAGAAAAAUGUAAAAUUUCAGAUACUUCAGUGCAGAGUAAGAGUUGGAAGACUGAUUUCUGCACCAGUCAUAAUCAAUUAGUACAGAAAGGUCUAAAAUAAAAUAUUUCCUGUGUAACGGCAGUAAGUGUCAUGUUGUAAAUUUUUAUGGACUUUUACAAGGAAGUUGUGCUAUAAUUGUACAGCUGUUUCAGCAGCAUUUUGCCUUUGUUUUAAUAUGUAUAUUAUCAGGGUCAGUGAAUGAAAUUCAAGUGAUGGGUUCUGUCCUCUUUUCUUUUGCUCCCCAAAUCGGGGAAUGGACCGCUGUGGAGUGUGUUGCCUUGUGAGGGGUUGCAAACCUGUGGUAUGAGAUCUUUUGCUUUUAAGUAGACUCGCUAGCUGUGUAUAAAUCUUCAAAGUGUGCUCCAGGAAAUUUGCAAAAUUAACUCCUCAGGACUGUGUGGCAGGUCAGUAAAUAUAAUCAUUAUACAAUGACUUGGAUAACCAUGUAACUAUAACCAGAUUUACUCAGUGAGGUCUGUUGGAGUUUGGGAAAAAAAUCUGUCACUGGUGAGAAGCUACUUGCAUAGUUCAACGGGAUCAACAGGGCUACUCAUAUAAGUGUCUGCUCUUCAGUAUAAACAAAGGGGUUAAGUCUGACCAUGUGUGUGCAAUGCUGUUUAAUUUAUUUUGCUAAUUGUUCAGUUGUGUAAACAAAAGCUUUACACUGCUUCGUUGUAUUUACCCAAGGCAGGAAAACAAAUGAUGUAGAACUUUUCUAAUUUUGUAUUAAAUUUGUGGAAAUUUCCACAUGAAAAAAGAUAAGUUGUAAUAGGAUGCAGUUCUUUGGGAAUGAGAUACUAUAGAAAUCAUCUGGUUUUCCAAUCUACUGAAUCACGGAGAAUUGUAAUUGGGAGAAGGGGUGAUAUGGUGGGAUUUAGUAAUUUCAAAGUGAGACAGACAGUAGCAUUGAAUAAUAUGAAUGUCAUAGUAUCAUGUUAAAAACUAGGUUAGUGACAAACAUGCUGGAAAUCUCCAAAGGCGUAUUACAUGACAACUACACGAAAACACAUUGAAGGCAGGCUAUUAAUCCUCCUCUUUGUUGGAAAAAAUCUGUUUCUGUAGGUUGUUAAAAUAAAAUAAAGUGGAAAUAUUUGCCCUAAUUUAUUAAAGAAAAUCUAUGCAAUGAAGUUGCUAGCAUCUUUUAACCCUAAGUGAAUGUAUCCCUUGCUUUUGAUAGAAGCAGAAGCCCUAUCUAUUCUCCCAACUCUGCCACAAGCUCUCAUACUUGAUAAAAUCAUUGCAUUAUGGCCAUAUUGUUCUGUGUGAACUGAAGUCCUGCUAAUGUGUAUUAAAGAAACAUGUAUAUUUGAAAUUAUCUUUUGGUAAGAUUCAGCUCUAGCUCGAAAUGAAUUGAACUAAAGCAAUAAGUGAGAACCAGUGUCCUCUAAUCCAAUAUGCACAACAGGAGGAAAACAAAUUACUUAAGAAAGUACAUGAGGAUAGCUGAGCCCAUUUUAGAGCUAGUAUUCUUACAUUAAUUUCAGCCUGUGUGAUGAUAUAAUCUAUUCUCAUUCUGUAAUAUGCAUUCUGAGAGUGUUUAAUUU